UUGUCCAGAAAUGACGCCAUCCGGUGUCACCGUUCUCAUGGUGGUCAUCUGCAGUUCGAGGAGUCGCACACGUAUGGCUUGACGGCAUUGCUAUGCAUCGUCAUGGCGACAGCUGUGCUGCAGCGGACGCCGUCGUUCGACAUUACUCCGGCGCUGACACUGGCGCGGAUCGCCGCCAUGAGUCCUUCUAACCUCAUCGACGAGAUCUUCUCCUGCAUCGGCCGUCCUACGGUCAGUCAUGCCAAGCUCUGA